ACCGUCACGGAGAUGGCACCGAAUCGUGGCAAGAAAUGCUUUGAAUAGUUUCCACCCUCACAGGCUCCCCUUCCCACUCACACCCUGCUUCUAUUUAAAUCCCAAGCGCCUCUCUCUCACACACGUUCCCUCCUUAGCCAGGGCCCAGACUGCCGGCAGAGAAGAGACAGGUAGCAUGGCUCCAGGAGAAAAUGAAAGGGAGGCGGGGCCCGCCAAGAGUGCCCUCCGGAAGGUACGCACAGCAACCCUGGUUAUCAACUUGGCUCGCGGUUGGCAGCAGUGGGCAAAUGAGAACAGCACCAGGCAGGCUCAGGAGCCUGCAGGCUGGCUGCCUGGAGCGACCAAUGACCCACCGCACACUCCUAAGCCAGUGGCAUGCCCCAGUCCCCACCAGCAUGCCUCCGAACCUCCAUUUCCAAAGCCAGAUGGACAUGGAAGUGGACAACCCUCAGAGGACGCCUCCGAGGUCUCCCACAUCAAGAGGAAAGAGGUGACCAAAACAGUUGUCAGCAAGGCUUAUGAGAGAGGAGGAGAUGUGAACUACCUGAGCCACAAGUAUGAGAACGAUGGGGGUCUGUCUGAAGCUGUUCAGCCCGAGAACGACAUUGACAGGCUCCUCCUCAGCCGUGACUCGCCAACGCGGAGAAGAAAAUGCACUAAUCUGGUGUCCGAGCUGACCCAAGGCUGGAAAGUGAUGGAACAAGACGAGCCCACGUGGAAGAGUGACAGCAUAGACACGGAGGACAGUGGCUAUGGAGGGGACGUGGAGGAGAGACCCGAACAGGAAGCGGUGCCAGUGACUGCGGCCAGGAUCAAGCGCCCCUUGCCCUCCCAGGCGAACAGAUACACAGAGACACUCAACUGUAAGGCGCACCGGAAAUACAGCCAAGUGGACAGCCUGAAAGGGAGGUGGCAGCAGUGGGCCGAUGAACACAUACAGUCGCAGAAGCUCAAUCCCUUCAGUGAUGAGUUUGACUAUGACCUGGCCAUGUCCACUCGGCUUCACAAGGGAGACGAGGGCUACGGCCGUCCCAAGGAGGGAAGCAAGACAGCCGAGAGGGCCAAGCGCGCCGAGGAACACAUCUAUCGGGAAAUCAUGGAGCUGUGCUUCGUUAUCCGCACGAUGGCUCGCCACAGACGAGAUGGCAAGGUCCAGGUGACCUUCGGAGAACUCUUUGAUAGAUACGUUCGCAUUUCAGAUAAAGUGGUGGGCAUCCUCAUGCGUGCCAGGAAACACGGACUGGUGCACUUUGAAGGGGAGAUGCUAUGGCAAGGCAGAGACGACCACGUUCUGAUUACUCUCCUUGAGUAAGUUCUCAGGGAAAUCAACUUAGAUAAGUAAUGUAGUAAAAGUAAUACAAAGGCAAGCUGUGCUGGAAUGUUAUGUUAUCAAUAUUAAAUGAUUUUUUACAAAUGACUUUUGGUACUAUUUCUGAGGUUACGACAUAAAGAUUGCAAUAAAACACACUCAGAACAUUUUAGAAGUAUACAGAUUUUAAUACAAACACAGUAUAUUGAUAUUUGAAAUUUCACUUCCCUUUUUAGACAAAAACAUUUGGCCUUCAUUGAUGAAAUUAUUACAGAUUUAAAAAUACAGGUUUAAAAAAGCUGACCUUUAGAUAACGUAGAACAACAUCACAAUAUCAGUCAUUUUUAGGGGCAAAAUUCAUUUAAAUUGGAUAAAAUUUAAUUGCCUUUUUUUCUAAA